GUUAGGCGGCACUGCAGGGCCCGGUACCGCACCCCGGAAGAGACAGAAGAAGAACACGUCGUCAUUGUUUUGGUUUGUCUUUUGUACAGAUUGGAUGGUAGAACACAUCUAAUCUUUUAUUGUCCAAAUACUAAGAUCAGUCACCAUGACAACCAAGCAUGGGCUGAUAACCGAUUCAUUCAAGGUGGUGAAGAAAGCAAAGAGAGGGGCGAGAAAAGCCAAGAGACCCCUUUCACCUCCUCCGACACACCAAGCAGAGUCUGGAGCGGCGACGCUGCAGGAGGAGGAGGAGCUGUGGACCCUCAGACACUUCGACCUGGACUGGAGGUUUGGGCCCUGCACAGGGAUCAGCCGGCUGCACAGAUGGGAGCGAGCAGAGCUUCAUGGUCUGGACCCUCCUGAGGAGAUCAGAGAGCUGCUGCAGACACACACAGACCCCGAGUACAGCCUAAGCUUAUGGAGGGACUAUCCUUUGUGAGGAAGACAUCGUCAGAACGAGAAAAUAAUUCCGAUUAAAACAAAAGCCAAGUUAAUAUCAACCCAAAUUGUAAAAAUGUGUCUCAGAGGGAUUUACCUUUCGCCCUAAGCCCCUAGAAACCUACAUAGAAGAAAACAAAUUAAAAGGAGGACAUUUAAAGGGAGUAACCAGAGGAAGAGGAGCGGAGGAAAGGUCCAUCUUACAGGAUGGACACAGAAGAUGACACAGCCUCCAGUUUGGGUUUUUUCUUGCAUUUGUUCUUCGUAGUUUUCUACUUUUAUUGAAAAAAAAGUCUACCAAACUACUGAUUUCUUCUUUGUUGUGUUUUAAGAUGGAAGGAAAUACACUGUGGAAAUAAGCUGGUGAAGUGAAAGUUACACAUUCACACAGUUUGCCUCAGUAACUGUCCCAGCUAAACACUUUGUUCAUGUGACAGUGUUCUACAGCGCUGCCAAGAGAAAAGGCCAAGUCUGUGCUAGCCUAUGUUAAUGGUCAGUGAGAUAGUAAAGAUGUGAAUAUGAGGAUUAAAUCAAAUAAAAAUAAUGUUGAUUAUAAA